AUGGCUCUCGCAGCCUUUCCACAUAUUGCAAAGCAAGUCUCCCUCUCUGAUAACACAACGUAUGCGUCUAGCUGGGACCGGCGGCACAUGAUCGUUCGCCUCAGGAAUACUGGGUAUGGCGUUAUCGUGCCGGACCUGCUUGGAUAUGGGGAUACAGACAAGCCUGUGGAGCUUAACAGUUAUGCGAUGACAAAAAUGACACAGCAUAUAGUGGAGAUUCUUGAUAUCGAGGACGUGGGAAAAUGCAUUGGUGUAGCUCAUGACUGGGUUCGGCAAUGUUAUCUAUUUUAUACACCACCCGGUACCUUUAAUGUAGAUGAGUUCAACGACAUGACAAAAAAAUUGCUUGGAUACCCAGCACCUACCAAAUCAGAGCUCUGGAAGACUGAUCUCUGUCCACCAGGGGCUGCGAGGGCAUGGCUAAAGGCCGGUAAAACUACUUCAUUGCCACCCUACAUCACGGUCCCUGAAUAUCUUAUUCGGCAAAAUAUCUUUUCUGACGGCGGAUACCGUGCACCUCUUAACUGGUAUAAAGUAUCCAUGCGUGGUGUAAAUGCCGCUGAUGAUGCACUUAUCUCCGAAGAGAACAAAUACCUGACUCUCCCAAAUCUGUUCAUUCAAUCAACAAAGGAUUUUGCUUGGGGCUCCGAAACGCAAGUCCAGAAAAUCAAGCGAUGGGCACGAAACCCGCGAAUUGAGAAUUUAGAAUGUGGACAUUGGCCUCAACUAGAGAAACCAGACGAAUUGUUUACACUCAUCGGACGGUGUGCAAGAGAUAUUGUACCAAAGGAUCUGCCUGGAUGCAAAAUCUGA